UCCACGGUGCAGUACGUGCCCUACUGCGGGGCCCUGAGCCCUCGCGGCGCCCUGGAGCUGGUGCGGCAGUACGACGUGGUGGCCGACUGCUCCGACAACGUCCCCACCCGCUACCUGGUGAACGAUGCCUGCGUCCUCGCCGGGAAGCCCCUGGUGUCCGGCAGCGCCCUCAGGCUGGAGGGGCAGCUGGUCGUGUACAACUACCAGGGGGGGCCCUGCUACCGCUGUCUCUUCCCCAAGCCCCCUCCGCCGGAGACGGUGACCAACUGCGCGGACGGCGGAGUGCUGGGUGUUGUGCCGGGCAUCAUGGGCUGCAUCCAGGCCCUGGAAGUGCUGAAGAUAGCUUCAGGAAUGGGCUCCUCCUUCGGUCAGUUCAUGCUGAUGUUUGAUGCUCGCGAGGGGAGAUUUCGCAACAUCAGGUUAAGACCGAAGAAACCAGACUGUUCUGUUUGUGGUGACAAUCCGUCUGUCACUUGUCUUCAGGAUUAUGAAGCGUUUUGUGGUUCUUCUGCAACAGACAAAUGUAGGACUUUACAUCUGCUGUCCAGUAAAGACAGGAUAUCUGUAGAGGAAUACAAAAAAGUGUUGGAUGAGCAGGUUCCUCAUGUGUUGUUAGAUGUUCGUCCGCAGGUAGAAGUGGAUAUUUGUCGCCUGGUACAUGCUGUCCAUAUUCCUUUGAGUAAAUUGGAAGAAAGAAGCGAAGAAUAUCUGAAACGUUUAGAAAAAAGAAUUUGUGAAGAAAAGCAGGGAACCAAAGGCAAAACAGCUUUUCCUGUAUAUGUUGUUUGCAAAUUGGGAAAUGACUCCCAGAAGGCUGUAAGAAUUCUGCGGGAGCUGCCUGUCAAAGCACUUGGUUCUGUGUUAGCUAAAGAUAUUAAAGGGGGGCUCAUGGCUUGGGCCAGUAAAAUUGACCCAACGUUUCCUCAGUAUUAACAAUUUACAUAUUGCUGAAAAAGAAUGAAUACUCACUGUAAAUGCUGUAGAGUUUCAUCUUCUCUGUGUAAUUACUGUAUCGUAUGGCGAAAACGGGAGGUAGAGAUACCAUGUUGCUUUUUUAAUGGUAAUUUUUGAAAAAAAUCAUGUAUUUUUGUAGAUGCUUUAAAUUCUGUCUUUAUAAAAAUGUGAAACCAUCAAUGGAAAUAGAAAAAAAAUAUAUGUUUCUUGGUUGUUAUUUAAUAGAAGGACUUGGAAUAGUUACAUAAUUGUGCGUUUGGGAACUGAGAAUUAAUCCUGAUUAGAAAUUAUAGUCUUAAGAGUGACCAAGCACCGGAGCUGUGUUGAAAGUUUUUACUUUCAGUCUCCUAACUAUCUAACAUUAAAAAAAAUUGAAACAGUGUACACGGUGAUUAAAAAAAAAUUACUGUUAAUCUCGAGCUAGUCAUUAGCAACAUUAAGGCUGUGACAGAGAACUGCCAAGAAAAGGCUUCUGCUGACAAGACUGUUUUGGUCAACGUCUCUUUCUGUCUGUUCGCUGUGGAAGUGGUGUGUUUUCGUGAAAAAGAAGUGCUCGCUGCCAGUGGCAAAGAAAGGGUAGCGCUGCUGUCAUAAUGACGGAGAAACUGGAGCAUAGCCAAAGCCAAACUUCAGAUGUUGUGCUGUUUCUGUGGUGUGGUACUUUGCUUUGCUGACCCCGGUGCAGCUUAGGCAGGCAAAUGUAAGUUGAAGGAUUUCUUAAAGGUACAGGCACAAGAAACGUAUGUGUAGUCGGCCACGUAAUAUCGGUCACAUGGCGAUUUCUGUAGACCCGAUUCAUCUGAAUUGUGGUAGUUGUGAUAGUAGUGCUCACAGUCUUAAGAAAUUGGGUAGAGGAUGUACCUGAGUAAAAAGAUUUUAUGUAGAUGUUAAUCUAUGACUAUUUUAUAAAGUUUCAGGGAAAUUUGAGAUACUUUAUUGUCUUUCACAUCUAUUAUGAGCUUAGAAAGCCAUCCAUCAUUUGCCUGGCUGGCAACAAACGUGUUAUGCAAAUUGUGUAGAGAAAGUGAAGCUAAAUAGUAAUAGGACAAAAGUUUUAGCCCAGAAAGUUUUUAAAACGUCCAGAAAAUACUUCUGUGAAGGUUUGGAAGCUUUCACGGAUUGAUAGAUGAAGAGGUAAGGCAAAUAGAAAUAAAUAUAUGGCCUCCCUUUUGCAAGUAGGAAGACAUUUCCUAAGUUUCCUUCUUGUUUGUUGUCAUAGUUGCAUAUUCCCCACUGUGCUGCAUUAUUUUAUUAAUUGGCAUGAAGAACUAUACACUGCUAAACAGUUCUUCUACAGGAACUGAAUGAAAAAAGAGAGAAAUAAACAGCUUCUCAACAGAGAGCUGCCUGAGUCCUCAUCACUUAUGCACAGUAAUUUUUUUUUAAAUUCCAUUAAUUAGGAUAUGGAUUUCUUUUACUUUCUGAAGAGAAAAAAAUCACCUGUCAUGACUAAUCUUAGCAUUAUACAGAGGCAAAAAAAAAUAGUACCGUUAUAAUUAAUAGUCGAAAAUGCAUAUGUUGGUAGAAUAAGUUGGAGAACGUCUACACCGCCUACUUUAUUGUAACGUGCCAUGGGUCCUAGCAAUACUAAUCUUAAUAAUCUCUUGUGAAUGAGACAGUUCCGUGAAUUUAUAAAAUACAGAGUCAAAUCUUUUGCAGUUUGGAGGACAAUGAAAAUGUUGAAGGUCGUGACUUAGAGUAAGCUUUAAUGUUUUGUAGUGUGUACUGUGAGAUUCAAAAUUCGAAGCUUUUUAAGGCAGGCUGUGCAGGCUUUGCUCGGUCAGAAAAUCUGGCUUCUGAUGGGUUUCAGUUGUUGGGAAUUUUAAAACAGAGGGAGGUAUCUGAAAUGUAUGACCUGUGUUUUCAUUUUUCCCUAUUUACUGUAACAGCAAGAGGAGACUUGGACUGAAACAUAAUAAAGGUAGUUCGCUAACACCCAACCUCCUUAUGCUAAGCAAGUGAUGGUAUGUUACGUGCCCACCUGACCUGAAGGAGUGAUUCCUCCUCAGUAUUUAAAAGCAAGGUGAAUCUAUGAACUUUUCACUGGUGCUGUUGAGGAGAGGGCGAGUGGAAAACCUUUCUGAUGGUAAAUCUGUGUGUUGUUUCCAGAGACUUGAAAUCCAGUAUAGAGUUUUUUCCUGCGUUGUAACAUUUUAGCAGCAAACGAAUGCAAACUGCAUGAGAGGAAAAGGAGCUGUCAUUGCAGCUUGGCCUGAGUGAUAUGUGUGUGUGUGUGUGUGUUUUUUGUUCUGGAGCACAUUUUUAACUGGAUUUCCUGUAUCACAUUAUGCAAAUAGGAAACUGAAUUUUUAAAUAGUCUUUGUGCUGUGUAACAAACAGCUAACGCUUCUUGGAUCUGUAGGGUUCUGUGGAAAAACAAUGCAAGAGGUGAAUGAAGAUGGACCAAAAAGAUAGAAAGAUGCCAGAGCUGGUAAAAAGGAGCAAAUGCACCAAAGCAGGCUGAUAAGAGAGACAGACUUGCAAAGAUCUUUUCUGUUAAAACUACUUUGGGAGAGACCGUUCUUGCGAACCUGCAGGGGCCUAGAUCCUAAAUUUUUAUAGGAGAACAGCAUCUGAAAUGCAUUUAUUAUCUUCGCAGAGAGAAGAAUUUGAAAAAGUUUGGGGAGUCUGGAGUUGUAUGCAAAACUUAGUGGACUAUACGGAAGGGAGACAGUUAUUCUGAAAAGAACCGGUAGUUCGGUUCUGAUCUUAAAGGAGGGAGCAUGCAAAACACAGGUUUCUUUGGAAAAAAUGUGCUGCCUUGCUUAGCUUAAGAUAACAAUUAAAUUCUUAGCAAACCUGGCAACAUCUGCCAUAUAUCUUAGUUAAAGAUGGGGUCUGCAGUGUUUGUCAAAAUUCCGUUCUUUACGUUCUGGGCCUUUUUCUUGUUUCAUUGCUCGCAUGCAUAUUGGAAUGCUGUUGCUUCGGGGUGACGGUAUCUCUGUUGAGAACUAUAGAAAAGGUUAAUUUCUUAUUUCUCUUUGUGAACUUGCUGAAAUGAUACAUAAGUCUUCCUAUAAAUACAGUCCUCAAGCAGUGCUGGCCUCUUUGGAGAUGGUCUGAAAAGUCAAGGGCCGUAGCAACUUAGGGAAACCAAAACAGUUUUUGUUAUUGGAAAGUUAACUUUUGCUUUGACGUGCUUUGUUUCUUUUACUCUAUGCAACAUGUCAUGAUUUCUCUAUUCUUUAGGAAGUAUCGUAGUAAAACUCAGAAAUUCUAAAGGAAACAAAUACUAUCUAAAUACUGACUGGGGAGUGGAUUUUAUAUUUGUGCCUGAAAUCUGAUGCUGCAAAUGAAGAUAUACUCCUUUAUUCAAGGAACUUAAGUGUAGGUGGGCUAAGAUAUCUUACUGGAAGGGAUGAGUUCAGUCAGCAGAGUGUAUGUUUGUCUCUUCUCCCCUCACUCAUUUGAUGUGAUGAGAUUGCUUUUUGGUUGUUUGGUUAGAUUCUUUUUUAAAAUGGCAUACUGGGAUUUGGCACAGAGUCGAAUUGGAAACAGUUUCCUUUUUCAUCUUUAAGAUAAUAGAAAAAGGUUACAUCUACUCUGAAUUGUUACAUUUGAAUAUUUCACACAUGUAAAUCUAUGGGAUAGCUUCACAAAUCAGGGACAGACUUAUAUAUUUAAACUCGUUUUUUCCUGGGAUGUAGUUGUUAUUUUAAAGCAAGGUAAAUCAAUCUACCCUUUAGGCAAGUCUAAAAGGUAUCUUGCAGGAGCUAAUAUUCCAUAAUAAGCUUAGAUCCUCCUUAUUUUGGUGGCAGGGGUCUCUGUCUUAUCUGGAAACUCCAGCAAAUUCUGCACUGACCUGCCAUCAAAGCAUAUACAUUUAUAAACUUGUAAUACAACUCUUUGAUAUACAAAUCUGUAUGGGGUGUGUCCAACCGAAUUUUCAAGUUUGUAUAGCAGAAUUUUAGACCUCCUGAAUAUAUCUUUAUUAUUAACCCGUUUGUAAGUGUAAUUUCUGGUGAAAACUGUUCGAAACCACAUACUGGAUGCUUAAAAUACUGCAAGCAUGAGUUUGUCUUUUUGAAAAAAAAAUAUGAAAGCUCUAGGUUGUCAUUUUUAAAAUUAUGUCAGGGAAAAGAAUUUUUAAGGUUGUUUGCUAGGUGGCACUGCAAGUUUACAAACCAAGUUGUUCCCUUGGAUAUAAAAGACGCAAUCCAACCUUUAGUGAGGGCUGGGAUUCCUUUUUAAAAAUGUAUUGUUACGCAAUUUUUUAAAAAGCAAGCAAGGAAAUUAGAAUAAAAGGAAGUAGGGCAGUUUAAUAGUAAGUACAUAUUCCAAAAAAUAUGUGCAUAUAUAAUGGAAGUGCUCUUUCUAGGGUGAGUUUUCAAAGCAUGGUUUUCUAAAGCAUUGUUAACCUGAGGUUUGUCUUUCACAUGCCCUCUUGAAGAGCUUUUGCAGCCAAAAUGGAAAAUUGUGCAAAAAAGGGUUAUUAGCACUAGCCCAAAAUUCAAUGUAGAGACUAAAUUUGCAAAGAGUCGCUGUUGGUACGUUCUUAACAUUACUAAAAAGACAUUCUGUAGCACUGCAGAUUUUCUUACCUGGUUAGAGCAGUUUCUUCGAAAAGGCAAGGAUGUUUUCUGUUUGUCCUUACUGUUUUGUAAAACUGGACUUGCGGCAUAAAACCUAAAACAAUUACAAUCACCAAAGUCAAAGAACAAAGCACAGAGCAGAGCAUGGAUGUCUCUGGAAAGCAAGAACUGUACUUGCAGACCUGAUGCAUCGGAGCAAGCCUGCAGAAAUACCUGUGCCUAGAGCUCAGGAAUGUUCCUGUGCUAACAAAACUAGAUUGUGAAGCCUCUUAUCCUAUGUGAUAGUGUAGGAAUAGAUUUUGAUGGUUGUCUUGUCCUAAAAAAUUCUGCAAGGGUGGUCAGGGCAGGUUUCAUGAGGGAACUUUCUAACAGCAAGUUAACGUAUGUCACAGAGAUUUCAAAUAGCAAAAGCAGCAAGUGACAAUGCAUCUUCUAGCACUCCAGAGAAGAAUAGGGUAAGAAAUGUGAUGAAACAAGGGGAUAAAAAUGAGUAUAUUCAUUUAUUUAAAGUUUCUAUAAUAAUAAACAUCGUUUUAACUUGGGAUUAAUUACAAAAGCUUUGAAAGUUUUUGUCUUUUUGAAAUCUUUAGCUUCAUGUGUGCGAUGUCUUUUAAGCUUUCUUCCUGUAACGCUGUGAUUAAACAUACGUGUUAUGCUAGAGGUGGAGAGCCUGACAGACAUCCUGGUGCAUGAGUAUAAAUCAGAAGGAGAGGUCUUGUGAAGUCAUGGCGCUUGCAUCAGUUUGAAUAGUGGUAAUUUUAAUUGAAAUCAAGAUGCUGAUCUCAACAUAGAAAUGAAAAAAAUGGCCUAUCUGCUACUUCCAGUAGUAGAUUAUCACAAUAAUUGAUUUGCAGUUGCUUAAAUCAUGUCCUGGUUGAUUAGGUGAGUUGUUCCUGAAACUGGGUCAUUCUGUCACUAAAGAUUAAAGGCUUGCUUAUUGCUGUAUAUUUUGGAAAAAGUUGAGUCGUUACAACGUUAGCCUGAACUUUACUGGUGUCACUUGGUUAUGUCUGUGUCUCUGACUUACUAGCCCAGUAUCUUUCACGUGUAACUGAAAACCUAGCAGCAAAGAGA